GGAUGACACUUGACACUUGACAGUGGCAGCGCGGCAUCACUAUUGACAUUUUACAAUUGGUUACUAUUUGAUUCAUUGUCCUCGUGAGACGUUACAAAGUUAAUACUUAUAACUGGAAGUUAUAGUAAUGGUAGUUACUUUGUUCUCAGAUAUCUAGAUUAAAUUCAAUUCAAUUAGGAAUAAUUGUCCAAAUUGAAGUGUACUGUUCAUAUCUACUGAAAUGUCUAAACCAGAAGACGCUGUUGAAGCUGAUGCGGAAAUUAACAAACCAGCUGAUGCCGGUGAAAAUUCUGAACUACCUCAAAAUGAAUCAUCCUCUGACACUACUUCCAAAGGGGAAGAUUUUGACUCUAAAGUUGCCUCUGAUAGAGGAAGAAGAUUCGAUUUUUUGCUGAAACAGACAGAAAUUUUUUCUCAUUUCAUGAAUCAGACCAAAACGCCUACCAAACCAAAAACAGGAAGACCUAAGAAAGAAAAAGAAAGUGAUGUUGUUGAUCACCGUCACCGUAAAACUGAACAAGAAGAAGACGAAGAACUUUUGGCUGAAACAAACCAAAAAUGUAAACCUACGAUACGUUUUGAUGCCUCACCGUUCUAUAUCAAAAGUGGUGAGAUGAGAGAUUAUCAAGUACGUGGUUUGAACUGGAUGAUAUCAUUGUAUGAGAAUGGCAUCAAUGGUAUUCUUGCUGAUGAAAUGGGUUUGGGUAAAACAUUGCAAACAAUCUCACUUUUGGGUUUCAUGAAACAUUACAAAAAUACUCCGGGGCCACAUAUUGUAAUCGUGCCGAAGUCCACCUUGUCAAAUUGGAUGAAUGAGUUCAAGAAAUGGUGCCCCUCCAUACGUGCAGUCUGCCUUAUUGGUGAUCAAGAAGCUAGGAAUGUUUUCAUUAGAGAUGUCAUGAUGCCAGGUGAUUGGGACGUUUGUGUGACAUCCUAUGAGAUGUGCAUCAAAGAAAAAUCCGUUUUCAAAAAAUUCAAUUGGCGCUACAUGGUUAUCGAUGAAGCUCAUCGUAUUAAAAAUGAAAAAUCAAAACUUUCGGAAAUUCUCAGGGAAUUCAAAACAACGAACCGUCUUCUGCUCACUGGUACCCCGUUACAAAAUAAUCUCCAUGAGCUCUGGGCAUUGCUGAACUUCUUACUUCCUGACGUGUUUAAUUCGUCUGACGAUUUCGAUGCGUGGUUCAAUACAAAUCAGUGCCUCGGGGAUAAUGAGCUGGUGGAGAGACUGCACGCUGUCCUGAAACCGUUCUUGUUGAGAAGAUUGAAGUCAGAAGUCGAGAAGAGGUUGAAACCAAAAAAAGAAUUGAAAGUUUAUGUCGGUCUGAGUAAAAUGCAAAGGGAGUGGUAUACCAAAGUUUUGAUGAAGGAUAUAGAUGUCGUAAAUGGUGCCGGCAAGGUGGAGAAAAUGAGACUCCAGAACAUCCUCAUGCAGCUCCGAAAAUGUACCAAUCACCCCUACCUUUUUGACGGUGCAGAACCCGGUCCUCCUUAUACCACCGACGAACAUCUGGUAUACAAUUGCGGCAAAAUGGUUCUCUUGGAUAAACUACUUCCUAAGCUUCGCGAACAAGAUUCUCGCGUACUCAUUUUCUCGCAGAUGACGCGGAUGUUGGACAUACUCGAAGAUUAUUGUCACUGGAGGCAGUACCAGUAUUGCCGUUUGGACGGGCAGACCCCCCACGAAGAUAGACAGAGGCAGAUCAACGAGUAUAACGAAGAGGGUAGCACAAAAUUUGUGUUCAUGUUGUCGACCAGAGCUGGAGGAUUGGGUAUCAAUUUGGCGACUGCGGAUGUAGUUAUUCUCUAUGAUUCUGAUUGGAAUCCUCAAAUGGACCUGCAGGCUAUGGACCGAGCUCAUAGAAUCGGGCAAAAAAAACAAGUGAGAGUGUUUAGAUUCAUUACUGAAAAUACGGUGGAAGAAAAGAUCGUGGAAAGAGCGGAGGUAAAAUUGAGGCUGGAUAAGUUGGUUAUUCAGCAGGGUCGAUUGGCUGAUUCGAAAGGACAAAGUUUGAACAAAGAUGAGAUGCUCAACAUGAUCAGACACGGUGCCAACCAUGUAUUUGCUUCCAGAGACUCAGAAAUUACUGAUGAGGAUAUCGACUCCAUUCUUGAGAAAGGUGAAAUGAAGACCGCUCAGUUAGCUCAGAAAUUGGAAACUUUAGGAGAAUCUUCUCUCCGUAAUUUCACAGUAGACACCCCCACUGAAUCUGUGUAUCAGUUCGAGGGGGAAGAUUACCGCGAAAAACAAAAAUCAAUCGGUCUCAGUAACUGGAUCGAGCCUCCUAAACGUGAAAGAAAAGCCAACUACGCCGUCGAUGCCUAUUUCAGAGAAGCGCUGAGAGUUUCCGAGCCGAAGGCUCCUAAAGCUCCCAGACCUCCGAAACAACCCAUCGUUCAAGACUUCCAGUUUUUCCCUCCGAGGUUAUUCGAACUUUUGGAUCAGGAGAUCUACUAUUAUAGAAAAACCCUGUCGUAUAAAGUUCCGAAGAAUCUCGAACUCGGUCCUGAUGCUUCCAAACAGCAGAAGGAGGAGCAGCGGAAAAUUGACGAAUCUGAACCGUUAACUGAAGAUGAACAGGCGGAGAAAGAAACAUUGUUAACGCACGGUUUCACCACUUGGAGCAAGAGAGAUUUCAAUCAGUUCAUCAAAGCUAACGAGAAGUACGGCAGAGACGAUAUAGAAAAUAUCGCCAAAGAUGUAGAAGGGAAGACACCGGAAGAAGUUAUGGAAUAUUCGGCCGUGUUCUGGGAACGCUGUCACGAGUUGCAAGAUAUCGACAGGAUUAUGGCUCAGAUAGAGAGGGGAGAGACAAAAAUUCAACGAAGGGCUAGCAUCAAGAGGGCCCUCGAUGCUAAAAUGGCAAGGUACAGAGCUCCAUUCCAUCAGCUGAGAAUAUCCUACGGAACAAACAAAGGGAAGAAUUACAUGGAAGAAGAAGAUCGGUUCCUGGUGUGCAUGCUUCACAAGCUCGGAUUUGAUAGGGAGAACGUAUAUGAAGAAUUAAGAGCAGCAGUGAGGGCUUCUCCUCAGUUCCGCUUCGACUGGUUCUUGAAGUCGAGAACUGCCAUGGAGUUACAGAGGAGAUGCAAUACCUUGAUUACGCUGAUAGAAAGAGAGAAUGCAGAGUUGGAGGAGAGGGAGAAGAACGAGAAGAAGAAGAAAGCCUCGAAGGCUUCGGCCAUUGGCGGCAUUUCUACACCUGUGACUUCAAAGUCGUCGCAGAAAAGAAAAAAUGACAGUGUUAUUGGUGGUAUAGAAAAGAAGAAAAAGAAGAAAUGAAACAUGUACUUUGAUAUGAUUUCCGUUCUUAACUUAUAAUUGCUGAAUGAAUGUAUUUGAAUGUUUAUAUUGUCGACAAUGAAUUAUGAUCGUAUAUAAAGAUAGAUUAAUUAAAUGUAUAAAUAUCUAUAUAA